AUGCAUGCCCUAAUAUUUGCUGUGGAGGAAAUUAAUGCCAGCCCUGAAAUACUCCCCAACUUUACACUGGGUUUCCAAAUAUUUGACACUUGCAUUACCUUAAGGAGAGCAGCACAAGGAACUCUUUCAUUGUUGUCAGGAGGAGAAGGAAUAACCCCAAAUUAUCAUUGUCACAAAAGGGCAUCUCUUGCUGGUGUUGUUGGUGACUCUGGGUCAACAAGAUCCAUUCUCAUGGCCCACAUCUUGGGAUUGUACAGGUAUCCACAGAUCAGUUAUUUUUCAACCAGCCCUAUUCUCAGUGAAAGAGAUCUGUUUCCUUCAUUUUUCCGUACCAUACCCAGUGAUGAAUUCCAGAUGAGAGGCUUAGCCCAGAUGGUUGCUCACUUUUGUUGGUCUUGGGUUGGUAUCUUGGCCAAUGAUGAUGACUAUGGUCAGUUCGGACUUCAGGUUGCAAAGCGGGAAUUAAUAAAUGGUGGAGCUUGUUUAGCAUUUACUGAAAAUAUAUUGACUGGAAAACCCAACAGAAAUGCUCCUCACCUUGCAAAAGUCAUUAACAACUCAACAGCAUUGGUUGUAGUUGUUAUCACUUCUAAUUCAGAUUUUUUCAUUGUGGCAGAAGAGCUGUUGAAGCAGAAUGUGAGUGGCAAAAUCUGGGUCGGCAGUGAAGCUUGGUCAACUUCAGCGUCCCUCUCUGUAGAAAGAUUCCAGGCUUUGUUAGUGGGUACCAUUGGUUUUGCCAUCCACAGUGGACCAUUUCCAAAGUUUACUGAGUAUCUUAAUGGUCUACACCCAUCUAAAUACCCUUAUGAUCCUUACAUGAUGGAAUUUUGGGAAACAGUUUUCUCUUGUAAGUGGAUUCAACGGGAGAAUGUGAAUGACACUACAUAUAAAUUGUGCACAGGGAAUGAAAGACUGGAGAACUUCUUAAUCCAAGAAGAUCACAGAUCCUCCCUUAAUAUAUACGCUGCUGUCUAUGCAUUUGCAUUGGCCAUACAUAAUUUAAUUUAUUGUACACCUAGAAGUGGGCCAUUUCAGCACAACUCAUGUGCCAAUAUCACCAUGUUUCAUCCUUGGCAUCUCCUUCACUAUGUUAAAAAUGUGAAUUUUAAGGCCAAAGAUGGGAGCCACAUAUUCUUUGAUGCAAAAGGAAACCCUCCAGCCAUUUAUGACAUUGUGAAUUGGCAAGUGAAUAGCAAAGGAACACUGGAGCCGGUUACAGUUGGAAGUUAUAACCUGAAUGCACCUGAUGGAAACAUUUUGAAUAUAGUCAGUGCUAAAAUUAUUUGGUUCAGUAAUAAUACUCAGGUUCCUGUGUCUAAAUGCAACCCAAGUUGUCGGUCAGGAUUUAGGAAGGUGAUUGUACCAGGAAAACCCCCUUGCUGCUAUGAGUGUGCCCGGUGUCCCCAAGGACAGAUUUCAAAUCAAACAGAUGCUGUUGAAUGUGAUUCAUGUUCCUGGGACACUUGGCCCAAUCUACAACAGGACAGAUGCUUACCAAGAACCACAGAAUUCCUUUCCUAUGAAGAACCUUUGGGUUACAUUUUAGCCACUAUAUCUAUGUUCGCAUCUUUGAUUCCACUUACUAUUCUGGGUGUUUUUAUAAAAUACAAAAGAACGCCAAUUGUACAAGCUAACAACUAUUACCUUAGCUGCCUCCUUCUUAUAUCAUUAUUUUUUUGUUUUAUUUCUUCCUUGAGUUUCAUUGGUUACCCCCAACCUGCAAAGUGCCUUCUACGCCAGGUGGCGUUUGGGAUGGUUUUCAGUCUCUGCAUCUCCUGUGUCCUGGCCAAAACUAUCACUGUAGUUAUUGCCUUCAGUGCAACCAAACCAGGCAGCAGGUUAAGAAAGUGGACCGGGGUAAAGUUGUCCUACUGUGUCAUUGUGUUUUGCAUCCUUAAUCAGUCUUGUGUGUGUAUAAACUGGAUGAUCUUGUGCCCCCCUUUCCCUGAAUUUGACACUGAUACACAACCUGGAAUCAUCAUCAUUAAUUGUAAUGAAGGGUCACCCACAGCUUUCUGGUGCAUGCUGGGAUACCUUGGCCUCUUGGCCUCCAUCAGCUUCAUUGUUGCCUUCCUGGCCAGACGUCUCCCUGACAGUUUCAAUGAAGCCAAAUUUAUCACAUUCAGUAUGUUGGCUUUCCUCAGUGUCUGGGUGUCCUUUAUCCCAGCCUAUCUCAGUGCACGGGGCAUGUAUACUGUGGCAAUGGAGGUCUUUGCCAUUUUAUCUUCCAGUUGGGCUGUGGUGAUCUGUAUCUUUGUGCCAAAAUGUUUUAUUAUAUUGUUUAGACCCAACAUGAACUCCAGAACACAUCUUUCCAUUAAAACCACUCACAAUAUA